AUGGGUGAAUUUCCUGAACCCGCGAUCCAAGGGAGUCCAGUUUUAGAGUCCACAUCUGCUCCCAUUACAAGUAUUUCCUCGAGUCAACCUAUCCCUUCAACCGACCCAUCUCCUAGCGUGGAAAGCUCAUCUCAAUCAGAGACCAAUGCAAGCUUUACCCCUAUUUCAACUCCAACACCUGUGACGACAAAGGUAGAGACGAGUUUCAGCCAUGCACCAAGUACGACCAAACCAAGCACAACGGUGGAGCUUCAAACUUCUGCUCUCAUUACUAGAUCUCCGACUACCACCUCAUUUGUUCAAUCUACCCCUACUUUUCAAUCCACGAGUGUGUUUAUCCCACAACCAACGUCUAUUCAGAUCGUCACUCCAGCAUCGGCUCCUAUUUCUAUCCCAACAACCUCGCAGCGCAUUAGUACACCCUUCAGUACAAUCAAGGAUGAGUCUACGAGCUCGGGAGCAUCUUCCGUCACAGAGAUUGUCACUCGGCCUAUUAUUACACCCGUCUCUACACAACCACCUCCUCUAGCAACAACAGCGCCAACGGCCAAUUCUCAUCUCUCGUUGGGACCUAUCGUUGGAAUCGUGGCUGCGAUUGUAAUCGUCCUAGCCAUCAUAGGAACGUGUAUCAUCCUUGGCCCCCGACGAGCCCUACGAAAAGUAGGCAUAGGCGCGAAUAGGGACGAGGAAAAGAUCGACUAUGAAGAAUGGGAGCCUACGCAUAGAGAGAGUGGCACAUGGACUGGGCGCCCAACGAGUGUCGGCGCUAAUAGUGAUUGGUGGAGACCCCCACCUGGAGCGUUUCCAACUCGUCCGAGUACCAUGUCCUUGGGUGGGCCUGGGAUGGCGGGAGUCGGUGCAGGGAAAAGCAUUGGAAUGGACGGGAAUCCUGCUUCUCCUAUUCCUAGAAGGAUGUCUCAACGUCGCAUUGAAGAAAGGGGCGCGAUUCGCAGUGGAUGGUUCGCGACCAGUAUGGUACGUGGGGCGAGCCUCCUCUCGCUAGGAAGCCUCGUCAGACCUAUCGAGUCUAGCAAUUCCAGAGGCUCCGAGAGAAUGAGUCGAAUGGGCACAGGGGGGUCCGCGGGGAAGCGAUUUCAAGAACUCUAUCGUCGCGAGCGUGCAUCCGGAAGCUCGGGUCUCAUGAAGUCGAACGAACCUACCCAGUAUCUUGCAACAAUCAACGAGAUGGGAGUACGUCAGCCCAGUGAGAUGGGACAGUAUCGAGUACCGGGGGGAAUAAGCAGCUAUCGCCCUCGUACCACAACACCCAAGGUUCGGCGGCCAAGUCAACUUGCAAUGAGCUAUGUUCCGGAUAUUGUGGUGCGAGAUGCGACGCUUCCUAAUCUUUCUAGUGUUAGCAGUGUGACCCACGAAAGCGGUGGGCGAGGAUAUGAUGGAGAUGCCGAGGUCGAACGGCGCCCCCGUGUAAUUUAG